GAAAAUGACAGACUUCUGAUCGCAAUCGCAGUGGAAGAGUUCUGGUGCAGCUUUAAAUCCUGCUGAAAGCUCUGAGAGAUGGGAAGGUGCUUCAUGUCGCAGUUAUGGACCUACACUCUUCUCUGUCAGGGCUGUGCACAGUGAAAAUGUGCACCACAUCAACCCACCUGCUACAGAAGCUGAUUUACGUUGCAUUACUUCCAGUUUUUGAGGCACAAAAAGUCAAAGCUGUGCCUGAAGUGACCGGAUACCUCCAGAGUGAUGUCACCCUGACGUGCCCGUUCAAAGGACGAAAAGACAUCAACAUUACUCAGCUUCAGUGGGAUCUCCUGCCACCAGAAGGGAAAAAAAUCGUCAUUGCUGUUUCAAAUAGCCAGUAUGGAGUGGAUGUUCCUGAAUCCCCGCUUAAGGAGAGAGUGGAGAUUACCGAGCAUUCGCUGAUAAUUAAGAAUGUGGAAAUGGCAGAUGCAGGGUCUUACACCUGCCGCGUACACACCUUCCCAUAUGGUUCAGCUGAAGAAACCACCAAACUUGUUGUUCGAGAACAGAUGCAGUUAUCAUCAGGGAUUGUUGCUGCUAUCGUGACUGCUGUGGUGCUGCUGUUGAUGAUCGUGGCUGGCGGGCUUUACAUCGUGUUCACCAGAAGAUGUAAUUCUUCGGGCAGGCAUCGUGUCCUUAUUGAUACGAGCGGUCCAGGGAUCGAUGCGUUCAGGCCUUCUGUUAUUGUAAGAGAGGAGGUGAGCUCAGAGGAUGUGGUCUACUCUGACAUCAAGCUGAAUCCAUCCAGAAGUGCUGCUCCUUCACCCAAACACAAACACAGAGACGCUGUGAAUGCUGAUGAUGUCAUGUACUCCGAGGUGGUGAUUUCACGUCGGCUGCCUAAUGAGACGAUGUUUGCGUACUGUAGAACGGCUGACGAAGUUCCUUCUUAUACUUGCUGAGUGCAAAAAAAAGAAAAACAUUUUUAAUCCUGCUGCGUGGAAGUUGUCUUUACUGUAAUUGUGGUGUCAUCACUCAGUGUAAUCAACAAAAUCUGACCUGAUUCUCAUCAGCUGAUCCCAUAAUAUAAUCUAAACUGUGUAGCUGCUCCAGCCCCUCUAUUUAAAUGCGAGCUGUACUAUGUUGUCUUCAUGCUAAUACAACUUAAUGCUCGCAUGUUUACGUUUAUCAUCUUUAGUGUUGGUUUAGCUUGUUAGCUUUCUAAAAAUGCAGCAGUGUAAUAUAAUGUAGGAAUAGGAAUGUCUGUAGUUUUGAAGUUUUUUGGUCACAACCACUUUAACGUUUUGUCCUGAUGGUGAUGCGAGAUAAGUUAAUCCAAUGAUGUGUCCAGGGACUAUGGUUUUGUGCAUCUACUGAAUUUCACAGUCAACCAUAUACUUAGAUAUCCCAAUAAAGAAUUAAAAAGUCAACCUGCAGUGAGUGCUAGAGGGGAAAAAAGUCAACAAAUCAAUGCAUCAAUUAGUAAAUCUGUAUCAAAUUGUGUGCCAAUGUAUCAUAGAGGUUGAUGGUGUGUGUGUGUGCAUAUAUAUAUAUUACACAUUGUUGCUCAUAAAGUUGGAAUAAAA